AUGUCAUGCGUCAGUGUUAUGAUUACUGUUGUCAUCGUUGUCCUCCCCGCCACCACUGCUUUCAGACCAAGGAUCCUGGAGGAGAAGGCCCUUCAGUGGUGGCAGCUGGUCCCUGUGCUCAUUGCUGUGGCUCAUUGUCUGGCCCUUGUUAACCAAGAAGAUUCUGAUCUCGACUCUGGCUGCCAGGACAGCCCACCCAGGCCCGCCAUGCUCUGCCACAAAAUUUCCGUGAGCAGCACAGACUCUGCCUUCAACCUCUACAGACAGUUGGCCUUAGACGCCCCGGGAGAGAACAUUCUAUUCUCCCCAGUGAGCUCUAUCUCUUCGGCCUUGGCCGUGCUUUCCCUCAAGGCCCCAGCAGCCAGCAGGACCCUGCUUCUGGAGGGCUUGGGGUCCAACCUUAACACGGUGCCUAAGGCUGAUAUCCAGGAGGGCUUCCAGGAUCUUUUGCUCAGGCUACCUGUGCAGGACCCCCAGCUCCUCCUGACCAUAGGCCACUGCAGCAGGUUCAGCAGCCUGGGCCCAUGCACCAUCCAGAACUUGGUGGUGGCCCCAAAGCACAUCGAUGAAUACCUAGGGAAGCAGACCCAUGGGAAGCUGGGGGCCCGGGUAAAGGACCUUGGGAAUGAAACCAUAAUGGUUCUGGUGAAUCACAUGCUCCUCAGAGGUAAGAAGGGGAUUGGGCAUCAGACUUCACGCUGCUUGGAGACUCAGCCUGCUUUCAGGAGCUCGUAUGUGCAGGACACACACGUCCUGUACUUCAGCCUGGAGGAAAGGAUGAUGCGCCAAGGGUUCCAGAGGAGACCUGCUGUCGAGCCUAAGAGAUUCUACGAGAGCUCAUCCCUGGCCACGAAGGCAGCUCCAGGCCUCUCCCAGCCCCUCAAGGCCCAGCCAGUGGCCGCUGCCUCCAGGAAGUCUUCCCUGACCUCACCAGCCUUCUUCAAUCCUUGCAGGCUCCUUCUGACCAGUACCAACCGAUCAUCCACUCCAGACCAGGCGCUGCACUUGGGACAGGACACGUAG